AUGCGAUUUUCAGCGAGGAGUCUCGUUGCCGUUGGCAUGCUCAGUGCCUUGGGCCUUCAGCAGCAGGCCGCUGCAGUCGAGUUAUCAAGCUUCACCAAAUCCUUGUUUACCGAGUCCAUGGACUUUCUUGACAAGAUUUAUGACCCCGCAGCCGGUUAUCUGUAUUUCUUUUACUAUCCCCUUGCGGCAGGCAAGCACGAGACACGGUCUUCGGUCUGGUAUGCUUCUGGUCUUCUGCAACGCAACGUUGGCGACGAUGUUGAGCAGGCCACCAAGAUCAUCAAGAACGUAAUCAGGGAUCAGAAGAAGAUUCCCGAGGAACAAUGGUACGGAGACUACACCGUUUAUCCAGAGGAGCCAACUGUAGGCACAGCGGCAUAUCCUAAGAACAUCUACAACUCUUGGGAUCCCAAUUGGCGUGGGUUCAUAGGGACAACUCUUAUCGUUAUUUACGAAGAGUUUAGACAUCUUCUAUCUAGCGAUGUCCAAGACUUGAUUCUCGAGAGCAUGUACAACAACACCAUUGGAGACAGCUACCGUGUUGGUGGAGUUGACGACGACAAUCUCUACCCUUCUUACAGCAACCCAGCCAUCAUGCGCGCCAUUGCUACCGGAUGGACGGGUCGCACCCUCAAUGAGUCCAACAUGACAGCUGCCGGCGAGUUGUACGCCAAAGAAAUCUUGGACUUGUUCGACCGAAACAACACCCUCUCCGAGUUCAACAGCCCAACAUAUGCCGGCGUCAGCAUCUACUCACUUACCCUGUGGGCAAAGUACAUGCCUUCUGACUCCGUGAUGGGCCAGAACGGUGCUCGCAUGAUCAAAGCCAUUUGGGAGUCAAUCGGUUCCAUGUACAACGCCAACCUCCGCAACGUCGCCGGGCCAUGGGACAGGACUUAUGGUUUCGACAUGAACCAAUACGUCGCCAUCAUCAAUAUCUACAUCUGGUCUCUCGUCGGCAAAGACAAGGCGCCCGGAAUCUCACAGACAUGGAGCAUGACGCACGCUGACGACUUUGAAUACGCGCCACUCAUUUCCGUGUUAGCACCCUUCCACGAUGCGCUCGUACCAUCAGAUGUUGUGGAGAAGCUCACUGCCUUUCCUGGUGAACACAUCUACGAGACAGCCGCAUUUUCGCCCCCACACGAUUCCGUUCCUCGGAAUAUCACGACCUGGCUGUCUGCUAAUCUCACCAUCGGAGCCGAGUCUUAUGACGAGGAUACCCUCGGUGGGCCUCGCGAGGAUCCUUCCCAAUGGUCCACGGCUGUCGUGCAGUGGGCUAGGAACGACGGAAGCGUCGGAUAUGCCGUCCUCCAUGGCACUGAAGAGGCUUUAGAUGUGGACGUCAGUCCUGGACAUCUCAGCCUAUCCUACCCUCGUGGCAACUCCACCAGCAUUUUCACUUUCCUUGUGAGCUCCAAUCCCCUCGGUGGAAAGAGAGACAUCUCCGGGUUCGACGACGUUGAAGGAAUCCAAGUCAACGUCAGCGGCACAGUCAACCCACAACCAGAAAUUGGGUUCUGUGGUCUUGUUGGCGGUACCUGUUCAAUUAUCCAUGGCUUCGAGUUCUGGAACAUUACUUUCGUCAUGCCUAGCAACUCAAGUGCAACUCCCUCGAUUACACUCGACAUCAAGAGUGCGAGCGAAUGA